CUAUGUUGACAGGGUUGGUAUGUCCGAGUACCGUGUUCUGCCAGCCGGGUGGGCCGGUAUACGUGAACCCAGACCUACAGCUGGUACAGGCUACUCCAGCCGCUGCUCCUGAAGCUCUUCCUUACACAGACCGUCUACGGCUUCCUCGACUUUACCACCACAAUCGGCAACACCGUCAUGGUUUUCUCACCACAGAGCGCCCCAGCAGAUGGUGGAAAACCGACUCCUAAACCAGAAACUACCACCACGACAGUCAUUGAAACAAAACCUCCCACAACAAAGCCACCAACAACCAAACCCCCUGUAGAAAUUAAACCGAGUAAAACAGAAGCGCCACCGAAAACAUCGGAAAAGAAAGCGACUCUUGAAAAGCCUAAAGAGGUCGUGAAAAAGUCCUCAGUAGAAGUCAAGGUCAGUCCUCCCUCGUCAGUCGUGUUCUCAAGCAUUGUGGAGGUUCGAGGAGGCCCUCCUCAGGGGAAGACUCCAGAGAUCUCCAGCAAAGUGGAGGUCCGAACGGGACCUACUACUAUCAAGAGUGACGUAAUCUCUACAAAGGUGGAGGUCAAAGUUGCGCCAUCCAGUGUUGUCGAAGUAAAGUCGAGUGAAGUCAAAAUAUUAACGAACGUCGUUCAAGAGUCGAAGACGGAGAAAAAGAAAGAGUUCCCGAAGCCCAUAGUGAACGUGAAAGUAGGAACGCCGAAGCCCGAGGGAGUUCCUAAACCGGUGGCCAUCCUGAGCAGCAAGGUUGAGGUAAUCAGCAAUUCCGAGGAACCUGCAAUCAGCGGCAAUAACGUGGACAGUCCUGCUGAAUACGACUUUCUAUCAAGGCAACCUUCUGAGAUUGUUGACGAGACUUACAGGAUAAUUGACCUGAGACCAACUAUAAAACUCCACCACAAGAACGCUAAGCCUCGCCAGAGCCCCAGCAAGGCGAGUCCUCCGGACGUGCACCCCACAGGGCUGGUUACUAGUAUGGGAGGCACUGUAGUCAAGGACGGCCUGACAACUGUGCACGAGACCAGCGUGCUAGGUACCUACAUUUCCGGCAAAUACGCACAGGUCCUACAGAGUACCUCACACAUCUAUCAAUCACAGAAGAAGCCCAAGCCUUCCCCAGUGCAGUCGAAGAUACUGAAGACCGCCGCACCCUCUCUGAAGAACGCUCGUCCCAACCUGGAACCCACUCCAGUCAGCACACUCCAGGAAGAUUCCGCUCUACCUCUGGAAGCUCUGUUUAAUUCUCCAAGUGGUGGUAACCUUAUCAGGACCUCCAGAAGGCCAGCUGUCGGUGGAACUCCCUUCAAGAACAGAUUUAACAGGAACAAGGGAGGAUACAGAGAGGAGACCAAGGAGCAGGAUCUGGAGCCUGAGCCCGCAGAAGAAGUCACUCCUGCUCCAAGCUACAAGAAGAAUAGGAACCGUGACCGUGCACCUCAACAACAGAGAAAUUACAAGAACAAUAGAUUUGGCCGUCCCUCUCAACCCGAGCUCGCUACGGUUUCUGUGUACAGUGAGCCAGUGACUCCCUCCAACCGCAAAUACCAGUCUUCGCCGAACAGAAGAGGUGGAUUCCGACCGAGCAGUAAGGGUGACAACGCCGUGGACAGCAACACCAGGGAAUCUCGCAGAGGAUACAAGCCCAAGCCUUCCCCCGCCCAGUCAGACCAGGGCUCGACCAGCCUCUACAAGUUCAAGCUAUCCAGGCCCACCGGCCGUUGGCAAUACAAAACCACGCCGAAGCCUAGAAUACCGAUCAGGCGGGUGGAUGAAGGCGCAGACAAUACGACAUCCCAGGCAGAGAAGGAGCCAUUGACGAGCGACCAGGAGCAGCAGGGCUCUGACGUGAGUGAUUCCCGGGACUUGGACAACUUGGUAACGGCCACCGAAUCAACGUUGCCUCUGGAGACAAUCAAGGUGGAGAUAUCGACCCCGGCGGAGUUCAAGAACACUUACUACGAGAUUGCUACGAUAAAGUCGCCCUAUACCUUCCAGGUGGGCUCAGUGAAGAACACCAGGUACAUCACGGUUACGUCCACCGUCGAGAAAAGUCUUGUAGAGCCGACUGAAGCGCCGGGCCUCUCCCCCACGGAGCCACUCACUGAGAACAUCCUCGCUAGUACGCAACACAUCUAUGACAAUCAGGAGCCACCCUUGGAUUCGUCGAUCGCCACCUUGCCCCCGAUCGGACUGGCGGGCGACGCCGAGACACCACCUCUGGAGACCAUGACUGAAACGUUCAGCACCACCCAGCUGCUUCUCAAAACUCACAUCUUACCGGUAGUGUACGGAGGCAUGAACACCAGCAGCUACACUUUGGUACAGUCCUACCAGAUUACACGAAUUGUGACAGCCACGAAGACACUGCCACCUAUGGAAGUUUACCAGUUCGUACCGAGCAAGACCCUGAACGAAUUCAACACCCGUUUAGAUGAGGCCGGGUCGGAGCUCCACCUCGAGUUGGAAUUCGGGGAUAACAAUGACCAAGAUGACGAUGAGCAUCCAGGUGCUGCCAGAGCGUUCCCGCCAGACCUAGACUUGUCGAAUGUGGGGUCAGAGUUUGACCUUUCGGACGUCGAUAAGUCGAGAUUCCCCGACGGUCAUCUGAGGUUGAAGAAGGCACACCAUUCGAAUACCACCCCUCAGCCAGAGGCCACUACACCGUCUCUGUCACCUGAACAACUCCAACAGUUGGCACUCCUGCGUUUCCUCAACCCCAACGCUAACAUCCCUCAGGUGAUCACGCAGUCGAGGCCGGUCAUCAGGAUGGAGACGAUCUACGAGAGUCACGUUAUUCCGCUGUUCAACGGGCAGUCGACGAUCUUCAGCACUCUCUCCAGACCGAUCGCCACAGUCAGCAAGACCGAGUACGAGUACGUGACCAGCACGCUACCCAUGCAGCAACCGCUUCUUCCUCAGCAGCAACCACUCAAUCCUCUGCUGCAGCAGCAACCCCAGAUCAACCCUCUCCUGCCUCAGCAGCCCCAGUUUGCGGUAACAUCUACUCCCGUUGUGACCCAGACUGUCGUCACGGAAACUGACAGCAAGGUACUCAAACUCACUUUCGGCGCCAAAACCGCCUAUACGACCCUCUUCUCUACACGCGUGGUUCCCACCCAGCUCACCACUUACCUAACGGCCUCGGUGCCCGUUCAGCCGACCGCCUUUCCCGGGUUCUUCCCCGCGCCAUACAAUCCUUUCUCUUUCGUCGGUUGAGAAUCCAAAGAUAUAAUAUAGGGAAUUAAGACUUUUAAUGACAAUGUUACCUCGAAAACUAUUAUUGCUCACGAAUAACGACAGCAAGUAAAGAAAUAACAGGGUUUAAAAAUUAAGCAAUCAGAACUAUUUAUUAAUUAAAACUGAAUAACUAAUAUCCUUAAACAAUAAAAUACCGUACAUAUUCUAUUAAGGAAGGAUUGUAUUGCUGAAAUUACACAUUCACGUAUAUGAUUGAGUUGGUGGAAUGCUGAAGAUAUUGUAAAAUAUGUAAAUAUUUAUUGCACUUUUAACAGUUACUAUAAGAUCCCUAUCCGAUGUUACCAGGUAGUGAAGCCGUCAAUGUUUCUUGUGAUAUUUAAUGAUGAAAAGCUUGAAUAGAAGUUUUUUGGACUUUGCUGGAUAGUGGUGUUCUAAAAAUGUACUGCGUCCCGGUGCUCUCUAAUAUAACUGUAGGUUUAAGUGUUAAAUUCCAUUUUUUACAAAUCAAAAAUCAUGAGUUAGAUCAAUUUGACGAAAUUUAAUAUGUUUUCCAAUAAAUCUAUCCAAAUAGGUCUAUUGCAACACCACGUGGUUUUCCGAAAGUGCAGUUCAAUUCAUUUUGCUCAACACUGAAAUUAACAAUAGAAAUACAAGUAUUAAUUCGCAUUAGUUUAUAUACUUUCCUAAAAUCAUCUUGUAAAUAUCAUUUCAUAUUCAUUCUCUGUAAUUAUACCUUUUAGGUUAAGUGUAUGUAAGUGUACUAUAUGUAAGUUUUGUAAUAAAAAAGCUAAAGUCAAUAAAAAGCUAUAAAUUUUUAA